AGAACAGUGGGUGAGAGGGUAAACACUUACCAGCCCAGCACCCGGAUUAAGCUUUCAGCCGACCACGAGUGUGAAAUAUGUACUCGAGUACAGUACUGUAUUCCUUCCUGGAAUCGUUUUAAUCUAUAGCAGCCAGCGGAUUCCUGCCGGGGUUGAGGUUUGUCAGGGAUUGAGGGGGGAUCUCCGAAUUUCUUGAGAAAGUAUAUAAGCGUCUGAUAUGUCUCGGUGUUACAGCCUCUUCGGCAGCAGCAGUAACGCUUCGUCCUCUCGUUCAUCAAUUGUUUUAAUCCUUUAGUUUUGGGAAAAGUAUUUUAUUCGCUCUUUUGUACUGGCACCGUGUGCUUUUCUUCACCAAGAUGCUCGUCCUGGUCUUUCUUACGAUCUUUGUCAGUCUGGUGACUGCACUUCCUGCCCGUCAAUCUCCAGACUGGUUUCGGAGUUUUGCGACUUCCACUCCGUCUUCUUCGUCUUCUUCUCCAUCUCCCACUUCCCCCUCCCCCCCUUCUUCCUCCUCCGCCACUCCCUCCCCUUCUUCCAAUCCUUCUUCCAAUCCUCCGUCUUCCUCUUCUUGCACAGUUACGUCCAGCAAGGAUUUAGCCAAAGUCAAGCAGGAUUGCAAGGAUAUCUCCAUCGGGUCGUUGACCGUUCCCGCAGGAGAAACCCUCGAUUUGGACGAUCUUCAAACAGGGACAACCGUUACGUUCACUGGGACUGUUAGUUUUGGCUAUAAGGAAUGGGUUGGGCCGCUCGUGAAGGUUGGCGGAACAAAUAUUAAGGUCGUGGGGGCUUCCGGAUCAGUUCUCGAUGGCGACGGUGCGAGAUGGUGGGAUACCAAGGGAGGCAAUGGCGGCAAGAAAAAGGUAUAUCGAUCUUGUCCUAUGUUCGUCGGGCGAACGCUGAGCAUAGUAGCCCAAAUUCUUUGCCGCGCACGGCCUGAAGUCAUCCUCGAUUACCGGAUUAACUCUCAAAAACACCCCUGUACAAGCUUUCAGCAUUAGUGGUGUUUCAGAUCUCACCGUCUCUGGGAUCACGCUUGAUAACAAAGAUGGGGAUGCCGGCGGUUUGGGACACAACACUGAUGCUUUCGAUGUCGGAAGUUCCGAUAAUGUUAUCAUUACCGGUGCCAAAGUCUACAACCAGGAUGAUUGCUUGGCUGUCAAUUCGGGGAGAAACAUUCAGUUCAAGGAUUGCUACUGCUCUGUAUGUGUCUCCCCCCCGAUGAUGUCUGGGAAACAGGUCUAACAUCGACUAGGGCGGUCACGGAGUUUCCAUCGGUAGCGUUGGUGGAAGGAGCGAUAACGAGGUUGAUGGGGUCACGAUCGAGAACACUACCAUUGUUGACUCGGAGAAUGGUGGGUGCAUAAAAAACUCGCCAUCGUAGGUCGCGGUCUGUCUAACCCCCUCAUCUCACCAGGUGUAAGAAUCAAAACUAUCAGCGGCGCUACCGGUAGCGUCAAGAAUGUCAAGUACACCGGAAUCACGCUAAAGGGCAUCACUAAAAACGGAAUUGUCAUUCAGCAAGACUAUGAGAACGGAAAGCCCACUGGAGUGUUUGUCGCCCCACAACCACCAAAUCGAGGUAACUUGGUACUUUGCUGAUCGAAUAUAGACCUACCGAUGGAGUUCCUAUCACCAACAUAGCGAUAACCAACGUAAAGGGUACCGUUACAUCCUCUGCGACGGAGAUCUAUAUCCUUUGCGCAGCGGGUGCUUGUUCUAACUGGCAGUGGGAUCAAGUCGAUGUUAGCGGGGGAGUCAGUUCUCUCAAGUGCCAGAAUGUCCCCGACGGUGUGCAAUGUUAGAUUUAGGGUUUGUAUGAGUGCUGUGCAUAGUGUGAAUAAAUCAUUCGAGUGGUGUACAAAGGGGCGAGGAGCUCAGGGACAGCUGGAAUGUCUAUAAUCUAUUUAAUUUAAAAUUAAUCCAAAGCC